AUGUCCACGAACUUCCUGCAGUGUCGAAGAGCCGCGACUUUUCCACACCGAAAGCCCAAGCACUACUGCAUUGGACCCAAUGCCUCCUUGUCAGCCACCCUGUUGAGGCGCCAGAAUUCAACAUCAACUCAACCCUCACGGUCAGGCGGACAGAACCCAGGAAAACGACUGGAAGAGCUUUUCCCCGAACUCUUCUCACCUAAACCGCGGCACAAAGGUCUCAACCUCUCACCCGAGAACCCACGAAAUGGAUUCCCCUCAGACCUGUCCUGUCUAAGACCACCAGUCCUGGAAUAUGUGGAAGACCCAACCCCUGGACCAGAUGGCAGCAUCCCCAUUGCCCAGCGGUUGAAGUACUGGCAACGUCUAGCGAAGACACACUACCGGUUCUACAAAGAAGGCGUGAUCAAAGUGUGGCACAACCAGAAAGAAAGACGGAAGAUCCUACAGCGUCUAGGACCAACAUGGGGAAAGCCGCAGCUGUUGCACGUCUGUGCCAUGCUGGGCAGAGAACGGGAGCCCAAGGAUGGCGCUCCUCCCAAGCUCACGCGGAAAGAAUAUCAUCUAUGUCUUCGCACAAGGAGCGAUAUUCACAGAUUGAUCCCCUUUUCCGUUGUCCUGGUUAUCUUUGGCGAAUGGACUCCGUUGGUGAUACCUCUAGCAUUCAUCCCCGAGACGUGCCACCGACCAAAAGACCAGAUCAAGAUCGUCAGCAGAUGGUGCAAACGCAGUGAACACUUCAUCUCGAAAUUCGACGACAAGAUCGACCACGCCGUAGCCGACAAAAGUGACAAGGACCCCGCGCCGUGGGCGCAGACAUUGUUCUACCGCUACCUUCUCUGGGGCUACACGGCAAACGCGACCUUUUCCAUCAAACUCCUCCCCUACAUCCCCAUCAAAUGGAGCGCGUGGCUAGCGUCGCGUGGGCAGACUUUCAUCCCACGCCACAAUGAAAUCCUCGCCGACACCGUCAUGAUCAUGCGCGAGGGUGGCUUCCGCAAGCUCAGCGCCGAAGACAUUGUCGAAUACUGCAUGAAAUGCGGCUCCACUCAGUUUCUGGCCCAGGCCAGACUCGCCCUGAGCAAUGGGGUCCAUCCCGCCAACGAGGCUAUGAGGAAACACAUGGUGCCUAUCCUCGAGGCGCAUGCCCGCCGAAUGCUGGAUGUCGACUGGACCAGGUUGGAUCCGGGCUUCUGGUGGCUUCAGGAGAGACAUGUUCGGUCGGGAGGUGACCCGUCUGCCCCGGAUGCGUGGGCUAUUGAGCCUAUCAAGAAGCAGCACCCUGCAUGA